AUGUCCACUCGCAAGAGAAAGCAAGACGCCGAGGAGGAGCUCCAGGCUCUCCCUAGCGACGACAGCGAAGAAGAAGAAGAAUACGACGACUCCGAGCCUGAACUCUCAGAUGUGAGCGACGAGGGCGAAGAAGAGGAGGGUGACGAGGAUGACGAAGACGAGGAAGAAGAGGAAGAAGUCGAAGAAGCCCCUCCCAAGGCCAAGAAGCAAAAGACCGCCCCUGUCGCCGAUGAGGAGGAGGAGGCUAAGGAGAAGGAGAACGGCGCUAAUGGCGACGAUGUUGAAGAGGACGAGGAAGAUGCUGAAGAUACGACUGAGACUAGCGGUCCUGCGGCGGCUGCGGCUAAGGCCAAGGGAGGUGAUGUUCCUAAGGAAUCGGAUCUCCCUGAGGUUGAUGCUGCGGAUGAGGAGUAA